AUGGUCCAGGGUGUAGAAUACAGACGCACACUACUUAACAAACUAGUGGCACGCCAGGCCACGAGGACAGAGGCUCAAAGACCUACAGGUUACCAGUUACACCAACGUCGCAGGGUUGUGGAACGUCGCGGUUUGAGAGUGUCCAUUGAAACUUCAACCGAGGAACCUAAUUGUGACACACGACUUCUUGAAGAGGUGAGGCCCUUGCAGCGAAAGGGUACACGAGCGACCCGGGCUGUUAGGAGUGCCGCCGGGGUCGUAACGGAUGCUAAUGACAACCGUAUCCCGCCGCGCACCGCCUCCGAUCCUCUCCACUUCCUCGCCUUUCCGCCCUCUUGCCCUUCAGCCUUCCAUCCCCCUCCCACUUGCCCAGAGUUCUCGAAAUACCCGCCAAAGACUGCCCUUUGUCACCUGUCACACAUCACCUCUUCACGAACGCUUUUAAACUUGCCCCUUUUUUGCCCCUCCAUUCCCAGCAUCUCCACCUUUUUCCCAGAUUUGCCUCUUGUGGCUUCGGGUUCACGCGGCUCACGUCGGGUCCUCGAGAGCAGCGCCCGGGCUCCCCCUCAGCCGGCAGACGUCGAGCGUUUGAUUGCUGCAAGCGUUGAUAUGCAAUAUUCAUCACACCGGAUCUUUGUUGCAGCUGCCAGAGUGCGCCGGAGACUAAGAGAACCACGACCACCUAAGGUAGUGGGCGCCCCCGUGGGUGGAGGGGGAGGACCAGGGGGAGACGUGAGAGAUCCUCGUGUACCGCGCGGAGACUCUGCACACACGGUGGCGUGCCCUCUCCUGCCCCGAGCUCUCAGUCUCCGCCCUCGCGCCCGCCUGAACACACCCAGCGCGGUCCGCUCCUGGGUUGUCCCCACGAGCGAGGCCUACAGAACGACAGACGUGGACCUCUCCGGACGACACCUCGAGCGACUCCCGACCAGCCUCUUCUCGAGCCUCCACCUCACGAGUAUCAACCUUUCUCAUAACCUCCUAACACCUGCAGCCGCGCCAGCCACCCGCAAGCGGCUCACGAAGCGUCGCCGUGACCGUCGGCGCCGUCAGCCAAAUCCUGAGAGCCGAGAAAGUUCACGAACGAAGCCGUGGUCGCAGGAGCAGCAUGAGGGGAAGACGGAGAGCGCAAUAGCGGAGGACGAGGUUUCCUCUGACACCCUCAGUGGGGAUUCGGGCUUGCCGCCGGAGCCCCCCGAUGAGGAGUCCCCUGGAGAGGACGUUCAUCCUGCUGCGCAAAUUGAUGAAUCCAGCCAACACGCCGUGAACCAUUCUAAGAAAGCACUGAACCAAUCCUCGAAUCCGAAAGCGCAAGUCAAGAAAGAUGUCCCAGAGUGGGUGAACAUUGCCGAUGAAUUACAAGCUAAACUGCGUUUAAGGAGAGCAAUAUCGGAGGGAAAACUAUUGAACACGGUCGACCCUUCGGCCAUCGAAAGUAACGAAAAAAAUAUAAGUAAGCCACAAAAAAAGACAACCGACAAACCUCCUCAACUACCAAUUAUCAACAAAGAUUCAAAAGAAGCAGAUAAUGUUGCCGAAUGCGAAGGAAGAGCACUAACUUCCGAGGAGGAUGACAGCAGUUCGUCAUGUGCGGACGAGAGUGACAGUGCGGUCGAGACUGCAGGCGCAGGUGGAUCCAGAGGAGGCGUGAGGUCCCCCGCGCACAGGUCGCUUGGCGGCCUCGAUAACUUGAAACAUUUUCAACAAUUACAGGAGGUGAUUUUGUCGUGGAACGGCCUGCAGGAGGUCCCUGGCUGUCUUUUGUCGUUACCGAGACUAACUUGCCUCACCCUCUCACACAAUCACCUGCAGGUGCUACCAAACGCUCUCAAGUCACUCACCAGGUUGGUGGAGCUGGACGUCUCGCACAAUCAACUAGUGGGGCUCGGGGCGGGCGUGGCCGGCCUCCCGUCCCUGAGCUUCCUCACGGCCGCUCAUAACCGCAUCACAACAGCGUCUGAACUGGCGAACAUGGACACGCUCACGUCACUGGACUUGUGUGGCAAUCGUGUGAGCGAGGUGCCGGCGCUGCGGAUGGUGGAGGGCCAGGACGCACCGAGCUACUCUGAGGGCGAAGGCCUUAGCGACGCCCCCGCCUCCCACAGUAGUCGCGGAAGAGACACGGAACCACUCGCACUGAACCUGCGUCUGAACGACCUCACUGGGCCUGUCACUCUAGCCAGCAUUCAGAACGUGACUGAACUGGACGUGAGCGACAAUGGCAUUACCAGCCUGGACGUGUCUUGCCUGGCCUCCCUCACCGACCUCACCUGCUCCAACAACGCCAUCACCUCCCUCACUCUCCACGCCGGUUCUCUCGUCUCCCUCAUCGCCAGCAACAACCGGCUGAGCAGACUCGAAGUGCGUUUCCAUCCCCGGAAACUAGCUCGUCUCAAUCUCUCCAGGAACGAGCUGUCAGCCGUACCGCCAUGGCUGGUUUCGAGUACAGAAGUCACAUUGGUGGACGUGAGCCACAACAAUCUCGCGACGUUACCUGCUUUCCUCACUUCGGGACACCUGCGACGCCUCCACACCCUCUCUGCUCACCACAACCAUCUCUCCACCUUCAUGGUCCCCCAACGUGCGAUGUCUGAGCUACCCAGUAACCACUCGUAUCCCAACGUAGCCCACAGUUCCUCUUCCACGCCGUACCGAUCGCAGCAUCACGGCCGAGAACAAGCCCAAGGUCAGAGCUCGUCUAUCAACCCACACGAAGAACCGAAGUGGUGUUCACUCGAGGUGCUUUUGCUACACCACAACCGCCUCACGUCUCUGCCCAGCUGCCUCUUCACUUGGCUUAGCAGAUUACGAGUUCUGAACGUAAGUACCAACCAGCUGUCAGCGCUGCCGUCCCCUGAAGGACGACGAGGACGCGGGUCGCCAGAUGCUCGAGACGAGACAGGGCCUCAGACCAGCUAUCCGCUCCAGGAAGUAUAUGCAGCAGCUAAUAGACUUCGGGAUCUCACUCCUCUCCAGCACUGUAGAGCUCUACGCAUCCUCCACGCGCCUUACAAUAGGAUAGCCAGUUUACAGGAUAGGUUGAUAUGGUCUUGGGAGUUACUGGAGGAGCUGGUACUGUCAGGGAACGUCUUGAUGAAUGUGCCAGCUGGAGUUUCCCGUCUGCGUCGCCUCAGAGUCUUAAAGGUUCAUUCUAACCCACUGCGUUGCCUUCCCCGUCUGGCCCACCUCUCUGCUCUAAAGGUAGUGGACGCGUCUCACUGCCAGUUGGGCCGCGUCGAACUUGAGGAGCUAGUCUCGCCGGGGCUGGUGGCACUCGACAUCUCGGCCAACACAGCGCUUUCCCUCGACCACCAUCAGUUUACAAAGUGCAAGUCUCGACGGCCAGUAAACGUAGUCGAUGUCACCAGUCGUUCUGGACGGUCCCUGCCCCUGACCAAGCCUCACGCCUCUCAGCUCGCGUCAUCCCAAGACCCAAGCUUCAGAGGAAAGAACGACGCUUUCCCAAAGUUACCCUGGACGUUAGGCUUUGCUGAAACCAUUGGCAGAGACUCAAAGUUGACUGUAGGCCAGUUAAGGGUGCCAGAUAUAGCGGGCGAAGGACGUGUCGGCGUCGCAGCCUUGGCAGACGGAGGCCAAGAAGUAGGAUGCGUUGGAAGCCUCCUGACGGCACUUCCCGCGUUACUUCAGGAGGAAAGAGCUUGUUCUCGCUCGCACACAUAUGCUCUGAAAUAUGCGCUUCUUACCGCCCUGAGACGGCUGCGGUCCCAAGGAGCCCCUUUACCUAGCGCAGUGUGUGCCGCCCACUUAGAACUCGAGGGCGUCGAGUCUACCCGGUGCCCUGUCCUGCGCCUCUGCUGUUACGGUGCCGUGUCUGCCGCUGUGACGACGACGCACGGAGAACCUAUUUUCGUCACAACGUCAUCUCCUCGAACACAACAGAAUUGUGUCAGAAGCUGUGAUGACGGCGUGAAGUGUGCGUUAGGUGAGCCUGUCACCUUGCCCGACCCACACACGACAGAGUUGUACCUGGGGCCCCACCAUACCGCUGUUGUGAUUGGUAGUGCGAGUUUUUGGGAAGUUAUUGGGGCAGAUGAAGUGGCGAAUGUAUGUGGUGAGAUGAACGAUCCAGGCAAGGCAGCAAAGCGACUGCUGGACCUUGCACAAGGAUAUGGCACUCGCCAGGCCCUUAGUGUCAUUGUUGUGCGCCUUCUGCCAGCGCACCACAAAUGGCAGAGCCGUUCGUCCGUAGAGUGUACGCAGUUAAGUUCAAGUAGAUCAAAGUCCAAAAGUGUUGAAUUACUCAGUGGCGAGGGUGCACUCCACAGACGGAAUUCUGUGGAUGAAGACGCUCUGGCCCACCGAGUGCAGCUCAAUAGAAAAACGACGUCUGUAGAUGUGUCCACUAGCACAACAGAAAACGAUGACCACAGAAGGAAAUUGAGGUCUAACAGUCAUAGUAAAAAAAGUAUGAAUUCACCCUUACGUAACGACACGAAUAAAAGCAGGGUGGUCAGUGCUGUUCCGAAGACGAAGAGUCGUUCAGAGAGGAAUCUCGUGGAAAACAUUGAAGAUCUGGACCGUUCUUCGCCCAGUGGACAGAGCCAGAGCGAUCACAGUGAACACGAUUCCGAUAUCCAGAAACACAGUGCCAGAGCCAAAUCGCCCGAAUCCAUUAUCCCUCCCAAACCCCGGGCGUUGCGGCCCAACCUCGAGGACCUUUAUGCCAAACCCAACCGAAGAAAACGGGAAACAGGAAGCAAACCCGAGUUAGGAUCAAAGCCAGAGCCCGCGAAGACAAGCACCGUCCAGCAGGCAGUCACAUACUACCACUACCCUCGACCAGACCCGUCGCAACCAUCCCCUCAGAACCACCUGGCGUCGCACCUGCUCAACAUGGGGAACACCGAACUCGACGACGGCGUUCUGGCACCCCCUGCUGGCUUCGCUGACACCGGGAGUGACUCGGAGGACAGUGAUAGUGGUCUCAGUGGCGUGAGUGGAGGACAACGCACAAGCCCCAUGCAGCACGCUCAUUCCGAGGACAAUAUUCUAGGCAAUGAUCCUGAGCAGGUCACGGAGGAGCAGUUUCGCAGCUGGGAGUAUCUUCUAGCCCGCAAUGCAAAGCUUCUCUUCAUGCGUGAACUGGACACCUUGACCAGGUCGAAUUCACGCUGCAGUCCACUCCCUACCGCGUCCGCUCCCGACCUGGUCACGGCCACGACUACAGAACCCGACGCAUCUACUCACUUCCAACGCAACCCGAUCCGCAAAUCCCGCUUGGGUAGAGGUACCUUCCGUCUUAUCCAGAGCAAAUUGAGUGCCACGACAAGUAAAUUUAGCACCUUACAACGAUUUAAAAGUAACGCUUCUAAAAACGAGAGUAAUUUCCGCCGAUUUGGGAGCUUACAGAAUUUGAAGUACUAUCAACAGAAUCGGCCAAGGCCAUCUCAUUACCCGUUAGUUCAACCCGACCUGGCGACAGAAAUGCAAGAGCGACAGGCUUUGGAUUCACUUGAGUUGGAGACCCGCAUGCAUCACUACUGGCACACCGGUGUCACGAAUUUCUAACUUCAGGAACUUCCAACAUGAGAAAAAAUAAAAAUAAGAACAAUUAAAGACAUUUUAAAGCUAAUUCACAAUGAACCAAAUAGAACAGCAGUAGGUUUUUUGUAGCCAGGGUUUUCGUCAUGAAUAUGAACAUUGGUAUUGAUACCACUUGUAUAUCUCCACACAAUAAAGUAAUGACUUAUC